CUGUACUCGGCUAUCAUGAUGUUGGUAUAAUAGAGUUGGGUUUUCAAGAGACUAAUAUCAGUUAUGCAUAUUGGUUUUGAUGUUGGAUUGGUUUACUAUGGGAUGCCACUAGGAGUUGGAAAUUUACCUUUUAAUCUAUAUUUUAGUGUCACAUUGAAUGCAUUAUCAGAAUUGCCAGCUUCUAUGGUAGCAUUCUUUCUUAUUGGCAAACUAACAAGAAAAAAAUCAUUUUUGGGAUUUGCUAUAUUAAGUGGAAUUUGCAGCAUAGGUUGUGCAAUAGUUAAAGAUGAUUCUUUUAAAGAAUUACAAAUGGGGUUUGAAUUGGUUUCUUUUGUCAGUGCAUGUACAUCUUUUGAUGUACUAUUGAUUUACUCUGUGGAAUUAUUUCCAACUUGUGUGAGGAAUUCAGGAGUGUCAAUAGUGAGACAAGCAUUGGUUCUCGGGGGUGCAUUUAAUCCUAUUUUGGUUGCUUUUGGGAGAAAUAAUAGAUGGUUUUCUUAUGGAGUUUUUGGAAUGAGUAUUGGAAUUUGUGGGUUAUUUGUGCUGUGUUUACCAGAAACUAAAGGCAGAACAUUGAGUGAUACUAUGGAUGCAGUGGAGUACAAGGAAAGAAUAUUUGUUUGCUAAUGAUUAUUGUAGCA